CCUCACCACAUACCAGAAAGGGGGGCGGGGGGGUCCCUGCACCUUUCACCUUCCAAGGACUGCAGAACAUUCAAUAAAGAGCUCUAUGAGCAGGGCGCAGGGUGCCUGCGACCGAGGAGAAAGGCGGCGUGGACAAUGUGCCGGCUGGGAGGUGCCCGCAGGGCCCUCCCCGCUCACUCUCAGCCAGGACCGCUGGCCUCGCUGGUGCCCCGACAGCUGAAGGGCGCGCGGCGGGGGAGCCGGGGGUCCGGCCACACGCAGGCGGCUGGCGCUGGGGCGGGCGCCCGCCCUCCGGCCGCCGCACUAUUUUGGGUGGUGUCGACCCCGCCCCCACCUCCGCCGCCCCGGCUCCGCAGGCAGCCGGAGGGUCGCCGCACCUCGGACCAGGGCCGCCUCCGUCCGCAGCCAUGUCCGGCCGCUCGGUGCCCCACGCCCACCCGGCCACCGCCGAGUACGAGUUUGCCAACCCGAGCCGCCUGGGCGAGCAGCGCUUCGGAGAAGGCCUCCUGCCAGAAGAGAUCCUGACCCCCACCCUCUACCACGGCUACUAUGUCCGGCCCCGGGCCAUCAGAGCUGGGGAGGGCAGCCGGGCAGGGGCCUCUGAGCUCAGGCUCAGCGAGGGCAAGUUCCAGGUGUUCCUGGAUGUGAGCCAUUUCACCCCAGAUGAGGUGACCGUGAGGACUGUGGACAACCUGCUGGAGGUGUCUGCCCGGCACCCCCAGCGCCUGGACCGCCACGGCUUCGUGUCUCGGGAGUUCUGCCGCACCUACGUCCUGCCUGCUGAUGUUGACCCCUGGCGGGUCCGCGCUGCCCUCACCCAUGACGGCAUCCUCAACCUGGAGGCGCCUCGGGGUGGCCGACAUUUGGACACAGAAGUCAAUGAGGUCUACAUCUCCCUCCUCCCUCCACCUCCUGAUCCGGAGGAAGAAGAGGCAGCCAGAGUUGAGCCCUGAGUGCCUCAGACCCAGUGCCCAGCCCUUUCUACCUCCCGUGGUGAUACAGCUGCUGCCUCCACCCCAGAGACAGCAGCAGCCUUGGGAGAAGGGAAAAGUGCACGGGCCACAAAGUAUGGUUUGGUCCUGUGGGACGUGUCCUAGCCUUUGGUUUAGUUCUAGGUAGAGGUGAAUAAACCCAAAUCUCCGGGC